AUGGUUCCAGCUCUGUCAACACUGCUUCCAGUUAUGGAUCGAGCUCUGUCAAGACUGCCUCAAGUAGUUAUGGUUCCAGCUCUCGGCCUGUCUCUAGUUAUGGCUCAAGUUCUCGGCCUGUUUUUAGUUAUGGCUCCAGCUCUGUCAAGACUGCCUCCAGCUAUGGAUCGAGCUCUGUCAAAACUGCUUCUAGUUAUGGCUCCAGCUCUGCCAACACUGCUUCCAGUUAUGGAUCGAGCUCUCGGCCUGCCUCCAGCUACGGCUCCAGCUCUGCCAACACUGCCUCCAGCUACGGCUCCAGCUCUGUCAAGACUGCCUCCAGCUACGGCUCCAGCUCUGUCAAGACUGCCUCAAGUUAUGGAUCGAGCUCUGCCAACACUGCUUCCAGUUAUGGAUCGAGCUCUCGCCCUGUUUCCAGCUAUGGCUCCAGCUCUCGCCCUGCCUCCAG